AUGAUUCGUAAUCUCAGGUUUUUCACAGUGCACGUUUUCUUGCCCGUGGUGCAUGGUUAUUUUAUCACUGCCACUCAUUAUGGCCAUCUCGAACAAAUACUUGUCUGCCAGCUUGGAAAUGAUGAUUUUUGGAAGGAUCUAUCUGGUCGUGGACUUCUAUUGGCAGUCAUCACACCAUGUAAAACUGAGGGUAAAGAUGCAGCUCUAGAAGUUGCUGUGUAUGGUGGAUUAGCAGCUGCCAUUGCCACGGACAUUCGUGACAUCAAAGCUGUUGUCGGACAAGUGAAGACAAGAGGAAGGUGGGGAAUCAUAGACCGAACAAGUGGUCUUGCUUCUGUCGCUUUCACACACCAGGACACAGAGGGAGUAGAAUCUGAGUUUUAUGACUCCAGAUGA